AUGAAGCGCCCUCCGCGUGAUUUACACAAGGAUCGUCUUUUGUCAAAUGCGCUUUUAGUGUACUCAUAUGUUAUCGCUGGCAUGAUCAAUGCUGGAGGUUGUCUAGCAGCUUAUGGCACCGCCUUUUGGCGUCACGGCAUAUCGUUCUCGGACUUGUUUAUGAGUGAUGAUCACCACUGGAAAACUGAUGCUCAAGUGUUUUGUACUGUGGAUGGAGAGUGCUUUGAAGAAGCAGAACAAAUGUAUUUGCUUGAACAAGCACGUGGUUCAUGGUACAUUGCGUUGAUAGUUUGUCAGUUUUUCCACAUUUGGGUUGCAAAAACUCGAUGCACUUCCGUGUUUCGAACGAGUUUGGUUCAAAACACGGUCAUGAUGUUUGGGACUGCAACCGAGCUCUUGAUUGUCGUGCUUGUUGUCUACGUACCUGGACUUCAGUCUGCUUUUGGAACGGCAUCAGUUGACUAUGUCCCUAUGGAACUCGCUCGUUGGCAUUUUUCAGCUGCCAAUGGAUUCUUGUGGCAAGUUAUCAAGAGUCGACGUAUGAUACUUGUUGGCUCACAGGCAAUUCGCUAUCGUCAUGCAAUCUCUCCAUUUCAAGCGUAUGAGAUUAAGACUCAAGUAGUCUAUUGGGACAAUGAUUGGCUUUAUAUAUUGCAUCAAUUUCAAGAUGCAGCCACUGGUAAACAAUUUGCGGAAGGUCUUGUACGUGGUGUCGUUAUGAAAGAGAAACGUCGAGUACCUGCACAUGAAUUGUUUGCUGAAGUCAAUCCAUCUAGUGACGACAUCAUUGAAGCUCCAACAGAAAUGCCGGAUAUUGUCAAGGCGUUUUUAGAUUGGGAUCAAGCUUGUGCCAUCAAUAUGAAAGAAGCUGGACAAAAAGCAGAGAAACAGUUGAAAGUAUCUCCACUUUCACCUCUUCCUCAAAAGCUUGGAGCACGUAUGUGGCAUGAGAUGAAAAAGUCCAUGAAUUUGCCAUAG